AGUGUUUUUUAUGUUUCACUUGGACAGACGCACAGAGGAGACGAAAGGGAGAGGGGAUGGUUGUGUUUUUUUAAGUUACUUUUCUGACUUGGGGCAGGUUGUGCACGAAAUAUCUGCCAACAAACAGCAUAACCAGUUAGCAUUGUUUUUCUUUGACUAGCUAAUUUUCUCCAAAGUUGCGCCACAUUCUAGUGGAAUUAGACUCUUAUGUUGUUUGUUUGUUAGAAACUGUCGCUACCAACGGUUCUCAGGGGAGGGUGCUGGCUGUUGUACAAGACAAGGAAGAAGCACAGUUUGCUUGAUUAGACGGCUGGAUUUUGUUGUUAUUCUUUUUUUCCCCCUGGCUGUAGGAGGUGUUCACUUUUUGGCUGAACUUUUUGUUCUGGCAGCAGCAGGAUUGUUUGUCACUAUACAAACACAUGGCUAAUCAUGACUAUAUGAAUGAUACUAUUUAACUACAGCCUGGGCAUGUACAAGCACUGGGGGGUUUUAGUUGCUAUCGCUUUUUCCAAUAGAAAGUCUGCCAUCAAAACUACAGUUUCUAUCAUUAAGAUGACAUUUAAUGUGCAUUAUUGUGGUUUGCAGGGGUGAGAAACUGCACUAGAGGCUUUCUAAUGAACCCAAAAAAUAGAACCCUUUCUUAUAGUGCAGAGUACAAUUCUACAUUAAUGCAAUCACAAUAAUGAUGGUUUUAUUUUGUAUUUGUGUCAUUAUGCUCUACAGGUGCUUUCAUUGUAGUGCUGUUAGUCAGUUUUCAAUUAAAGAUGCAAGGUAUUUGGGAAAGUAAUAUUGUUGAAUGUAGGUGUAACUGUUGAGAGGCUUGCCCCCCAAAAAAGAAUGAAUCAUUAUGGUAACCUACAUUUUUAGAUGACAAUAUACUUUUAUUGGGUGCUUGAAAAUAAGGAUCUGUACUAUCUGACAGCUGCUGCUGAUCAUUGUACCUUUUUUAUUGUUUUAUUUCCUCCUAAUCCAUCUUCCCUGUGUAUGAUUUAUGAAAGGGACCUUGUGAAAGAAGAACUAAAAGCCCAUUUAGCACCUGUUUGUUUUCCCAAAUGCACAUAUUACGCAAGUCAAUGCAGUACAUUCCCACUGUGGUCUCUUCUUGAAAUUGAAUUAUGUGUGAAGCCUUUUGCUUUUCAAUUAUUGCUUAGCGUCCCCACCAACAUAUUUGAUCCAGACUUCCUUCAUUUUUUUCAGUUGCGUACUGCCUGUUUUUACUAUAUUAUUUACAUGAGGGUUUUUUUUGCAUGACCUCAUUGUGUAGCAAGUGCAUAGCACUAUUUAUUUUGCCACUUGUCAGCCUUCCACAAACCCACCCCAAAAAUAAAUUCCGCAUUUUUAUUUCCUCAUGACAGAGGUUGCAAUGACUUUGAUGUGGGUAGGUCAUUGGCAAGUGUAAAUACAGUGGAAUUUACCGCGUAAUACACGCUUAACACUAGAUGGCGGCACGCAAGCGGCAUCACCGGCGAUCAUCGACAGUGUGUUGCUUUCCACGACAAUGGCACACAUAAAAGUGAUGAUUGGGCCAUUUUCUCCUGACCCUUCACAUUUAUUACUAUCUAUCACUGUCAUUUUGAAAAUACACCAGGUAACCUUGGUACAUGAUAAGCAUUGUUUUUCACACAGUGAUAACUGAGCUUUAACACGACACCAGACAAGCAAGGGCUUUGGAAAUUAUGUGACCUUUCACUUGAAUCAGCACAAUUCACAUCAUAUGAAUGCUGAAUGAGUCAUAUUUAUUUAAACACCAGUGGCAGCUGGUGCACCAAAAGUCAAUAUUGUGUGUCUGCUGACUCUAUUAUUCCUUAACAAAACAAACAAAAUGUGACAUGCUACAAAUAGCAACACAGACGAGGGUUGGGCAUAAUAAUGGGAGAAGCUGAAGGUUAUGAAGUCUGUCAAUCGCGCACAACGUACUGCACUAAUUGGCUGCAGCCAGCAGGGGCGCUCUUGACUCAUUCCCAACCACAGGUAGUUUGCUGUAUGAAGAAGCACAGCAUGACAUCAGCUAUGGGGAGUUGAGCAACAUGCACACAGACCUUCGCUAUGGCGUUGAAAUGGAAGUCCAGAACACUCUGAGAAAGAUUUUUCCCAUCUCGUUCAAAUAAAUAUACAGAAAACCUUGAUGUUUCCGCAAGUUGACGAAAGACAAGCUCAUAGACAGAGGGUUAAUAAUGUAACAAACUAAAUAUCCAAUCAAACUGCUAUGAUGUCACAGCCCAGGCACAUAUUGUCCUGAUACCCAGGGGUCAUGAUACACUGUAAUGUAAUGGAAUGAUGUUGCGUUGCCUUAGAGAGAGGAUGAGCUCAGACAAUCGCUUUUGUAGUUGCGGCUUUUCAUGACAUCAUGAAGGAAAAAAUGUCCUUCCUCGUGGACACGAUACCGCCUCUGACGCGCAUGUAGCUAGGUGAGCAGUAGUGUUUGCCUAACACCAGUUUCUUUAAUAGUAGCAGAACAUUUGAAUCCCACUUUAACCGUGUUUUAUGAGCAAUGAAGGGUGGCAUUCAAAGACACCACGUCAUUUAAGUUGAAUUCUCAUUUUGAGUGUAUUUCCUGGGAUUUCCGAGCAUACUUAAAUGCAGCAAAUUGUACCUCCACAUUAAGAGUUACAGAGUGAGUGAUAAGAAUAUGUUUAUUUAGACCACAAAUAUACACAUAAAAACAUUGUUCUGAUGAUCGGAGUGUCAGUGAAUGCAUCUCACAGUUGGCUAGUGACAAUGAGGAAGUGUCUAGAAGGGACGGGACUCGAGAUGCGUUUGUGCGUUGGAGAUAUAUAUACGGUGUUGGAAUUGCACUGCCGUCGAUGUGUUCAAGUCAGAAUAAAGUUAUAAAAGAGCAUCAGACUCUGUGGGCACUACACUGUGCUUCCGUCUGUCAUCAAAACAGAGAGCCGUGGCUUGCCAUGAUGUGUAUGCGUUAAUUACGCCAAAAAAAUGUCACGUAAAUAAUUAAAUAAAUUUGUUACCGCCACAGCCCUAUUUAAAAAAACCCAAAAACGGUUUAUUAUAUAUUUUUGUGCCUGUGAGAUAAUUCAAACUUGCAAUAAAAGCCUGUUAUUCUGGUGUAAUGAUAUUUUGUGCCACCUACCGAUACUGCACAUGCGUGUGCAAAAACAACCGUUUUGAGUACUUAACUUUAUUCACUUCUGCAAUAAUUUCAUUGUUAAUUCUUACCUCACAUACACCAAGUAUGGGCCUGUUACAUAUGGAAAAGCACAUGGAUACAGUUUUUUUUAACAUUAAGCAUUAGAUUGGAUAACUGGAGCCAUUCAGAGAUGUUCAAUAAAGCCUGCGUCACAUGCUCAAUGCCAGUCUGGGUGUUUUAGAGGACACAUGGAUGACCGUGUCAUCAGCGUCAUCUGGACAGCAGCUUGACACCUUCAGAAGAUAAAGCACCACUUUAAUGGAAAAGAAUGGCUCGAGCGUGGUUGGACUGCCCCAACUCUUUACCAGGGAUCCCCCUCAGUGUGCUGUCAGUGCCCAUGGAGAAUAAAUACAAAUGUCAGCGGUGUCUCCAGGUCCUGAGGAAGCCAGUUCAGGCUCAGUGCGGCCACCGCUUCUGUGUGCACUGCUUCAAGAAGCUCACCAGUUCCGGUCCAAAGCCGUGCGAGGCCUGCCGCCAGGAGAAAAUAUACGAAGAGCCGACUUCUAUCCUCAAUAUUAGCGAGGCUUUUCCAGACAAUGCGGCUGGUCGAGAAAUAGCAAGUCUUCCUGCAAAGUGUUUGAACGCGGGCUGCAGCUGGACUGGAUCAAUCAAAGAGUAUGAGAACCAGCACGAAGGCUGCUGCGACUACGAGCAGGUUCAGUGCGAGGCCUGCCAGGCUUUCAUCCUCCGCUCGGAGAAGGAGCGACACAACGAGCGUGAGUGCGAGGCCAGAGUGCUCAACUGCAAAUACUGCAAGCUGGCCUUCAACUUUAAAGACAUCAAGGCCCACGAUGAAGUGUGCCUCAAGUUCCCAUUGCAGUGCAAAGACUGUGGCAAGAAGAAGAUUCCAAGAGAAAAGUUUAGUGAUCACAGUCGGUCCUGUGCCAGGUCCAAGAGUGCCUGUCCUUUUAGCCAAGCAGGCUGCAAGUUUGUGAUAGACAAUGGCAAACUGAGUGACCACGAGCACAGUAACGUCAUGGAGCACCUGCGCCUGCUGCUUCCUAUGGUUCUGUCCGUGACCGGGCCCAACACUGAGGCCCUGGGCCAUGGUGACUGGCAGGAAGACUCGGGCCUGGGGUUGUACAGGGCUCCUGAGGAGGGGGCCUCAUCCCCCACGCAGUCAGUGGACUUGAAAAAGAAGGUGAGUGCCUUGGAGAACAUUGCCUGCGUGCUAAACCGCGAGGUGGAGCGCAGCUCAGUGACCCUGGAGGCCUUCUCGCACCAGCACCGCUUGGACCAGGAGAAGAUUGAGAACCUGAGCAACAAGGUGCACCAGCUGGAGAGGGCGCUGGCCACCAGGGACUUCCAGCUGUCCGAAACGGAACAGCUGUUGCGGGAGCUUCAGUUCUGCACCUACGACGGCGUCUUUGUGUGGAAGAUCUCGGACUUCUCGCGCCGCAGGCUCGACGCCGUGGCGGGUCGAGCUCCUGCAAUGUUCUCACCAGCGUUCUAUUCCAGCAAGUACGGCUACAAAAUGUGCCUACGGUUGUACCUGAACGGCGACGGCACGGGGCGGGGGACGCACCUGUCGCUCUUCUUUGUGGUCAUGCGGGGGCGGUGCGACGCGCUGCUCAAGUGGCCGUUCAGCCAGAAGGUGACGCUGAUGCUCCUGGACCAGAACAACCGCGAGCACAUCAUCGACGCCUUCAGGCCCGACGUCACCUCCACAUCUUUCCAGCGGCCCAGCAGCGAGAUGAACAUCGCCAGCGGCUGCCCGCUCUUCUGCCCGCUGGGCAAGCUGGCCGCCAAGAGCCCAUACUUGCAGGACGACACUAUCUUCAUCAAGGCCAUCGUGGACCUGUCUGGCUUGUGAGGUGUUGACUGUGGAAGUUACACCAAGCAGUAAAUAAUGAUUAUAUCAUCUAUUAUUAUAUAUACACACCGUUAGUUGAGGUGCUAACUGUUAUAUCAUUUACAUAUCUAUAAUAUAAUAAUACAUACAUGUCAAUUGUAUAUAACUAUAGAACACUUCUUUGAUAUAACAGUUGAUAUGCUUAGUUACUGCUGCAAAGCCGUGCUUAUAUCUUAUAACAUCAAUACCUGUAUAUAAGUUGUCUUCUUUUCCUUUCGGCUUUUCCCUUCAGGGGUCGCCACAACGAAUCAAUUGCCUCCAUCUAACCCUGUCUUCUGCAUCCUCUUCUCUCACACCAACUACCUUCAUGUCCUCUUUCACUCCAUCCUUAAACCUCCUCUUUGGUCUUCCUCUUGGCCUCCUGCCAGGCAGUUCAAAAGUCAGCAUCCUUCUACGUAUAUAUUCCCUAUCUCUCCUCUGGACAUGUCCAAACUAUCUCAGUCUGGCCUCUCUAACUUUAUCUCCAAAACCUCUAACAUGUGCUGUCCCUCUGAUGUACUCAUUCCUGAUCCUAUCCUUCCUGGUCACUCCCAGAGAGAACCUCAGCAUCUUCAUCUCUGCUACCUCCAGCUCUGUCUCCUGUCUUUUCCUCAUUGACACUGCCUCUAGAUCAAACAACAUCGCUGGUCUCACCACAGUUUUGUACACCUUUUCUUUCAUUUUAGCUGAAACUCUUCUAUCACACAUCACACCUUACACUUUUCUCCACCCGUACCAUCCUGCCUGUACACGCUUCUUCACCUCUUUUCCACACUCUCCAUUGCUCUGGACUGUUGACCCCAAGUACUUAAAAUCCUCGACCUUCUUGAUCUCUUCUCCCUGUAACCUCACUCUUCCACUUGGGUCCCUCUCAUUCACACACAUGUACUCUGUCUUUUUGUUUCUUAUUGGCCCUCGGCAUAUUCUAAAAAUACAGUUUAUUAUUACUGAGAUAUAUUUUUAAGUAUUACCAGUACACUAAUUUGGCUAGUCACAUAUAAGACAAAGCUAAGAUGUGGGUGUUUUUGAUGCAAUAGCUUAGCAAAUAUUGACCUUCAUUGGAUUGGUUUUAGUUUCUUUAAUGUACCAAAUGUAUCAAAGUGGCCCCCACACAUCCUUCUAUUUUUUUCGUAUGUGGGCCUCGUUGGAAAAAGUUUGGACCCCACUUGUUUUAGAUGUUUGUGUUGCAUUUUAUCACAUUUCACGUUUGUAAUGAAAUGGCUUGUGACACAUUGUUAUACAGUCGUCCUCGUUUACCGCGGUUAUUUGGUUCCAUCCCGCGAUGUAGCGAGGGACAACUGUACUGCAGUUGCAGUCCAAUUAAAAAAUCAUAUCAAUUUUUAUGUAAAUUUGCUUUUCAUUGACAAUAUUAUUGACAAUUUAUCUUACUAAUGUCUUUAUUUAUAUAGCAUGCUUAUUAUAUGCCAUUUUGUCCUGCUAAUGUUUUUAUUUAAAUAAAGUAGAACAUUUGUAUUGUUGUCACAACAAUAAAAGGCAAAAGCGUGAA